AUGGAGCUAUCAAACAAACUCCGUUUGGACCAAUUCCUGAUUUUGGCAGCAGCACUUCUGUCACCUGCAUUAACGGUGCUGUGUAAUGACAUCCUCAGCCUGAAGGUGGCAGGAGAUCCAGUGCUAACCCCUAACACUGUGUGCCUGAGGCUGGCAGGCCUCAGUAAGCGUCAGAUGCGGAUGUGUGUACGGAGCCCUGAUGUGACGGCCUCUGCUCUGCAGGGCAUCCAGGUGGCUAUCCACGAAUGCCAGCAUCAGCUCCGGGACCAGCGUUGGAACUGCUCCACCCUGGAGGGCCUCAGCAAGCUUCCCCAGCACAACAACAUCCUCAACAGAGGUUUUCGCGAGAGCGCCUUCUCCCUGGCUUUGUUGGCAGCGGGUGUGGCUCACUCUGUGGCCUCAGCCUGCAGCAUGGGCAAACUGCGGGGUUGUGGCUGCGAGGCCAAGCGUCGCCAGGACGAUGACAAGAUCCGGCUAAAACUCACACAGUUGCAGCUGCAGACCCUGCAGAAGGGCGGGGUAGGCCUUGGCAUGGCACGGUCAUUUCCCCCAGAACUAAACAGUCACCAUGGUGACCUGCCCGCUAACCUGCGCUCCAACCACCCGUCCACCCUGCUCAAGCCUUUACCAGACGAGCUGAUCUCCAUGCAGGAGACCUGGGAGUGGGGGGGCUGUAGUCAUGAUGUCCGUUUUGGAGACCGUUUUUCUAGAGACUGGCUCGACUCCCGAGGAUCUCCAAGAGACAUCCACGCUCGCAUGAGAAUACACAAUAACCGCAUGGGUCGACAGAUAGUGACUGAUAACAUGAAGAGGAAGUGUAAAUGUCAUGGCACAUCAGGGAGCUGCCAGUUUAAAACCUGCUGGCAUGUGUCUCCGGAGUUCAGGCUUGUUGGUUCUAUACUCAGGGAAAAGUUCCAUACGGCCAUUUUUGUCAACUCCCAGAACAAGAACAACGGUGUUUUCAACCCUCGGACAGGAAACGGGGCUGGAGGGAGCUCAGGAGGACUCAGUGGAGGGCGCCGCAGAAGCAUGUCCAGGGAGCUGGUCUACUUUGAGAAAUCUCCAGAUUUCUGUGAGCGUGACCCAUCUUUGGACUCUCCAGGCACACAAGGACGCAUCUGCAACAAAACCAGUUACAGCACAGACAGCUGCAGCUCACUCUGCUGCGGACGAGGACACAACAUUCUGAAACAAACACGAAGCGAACGUUGCAACUGCAGGUUCCACUGGUGUUGCUAUGUGUUGUGCGAGGAAUGCCGUCUCACCGAGUGGGUAAAUGUGUGCAAGUAGACUCCGGUACUCACGAGUCCUAGUUGCCUUUACCCACCCAGGACUCAAGAUGGCGAGCCUGUCCCUUCGCCCACUCCUGUUGUUCGAGUGUUUGUUUUUGCUCCUUGUGUAACUCUGCCAGAGAAUCUGUU